UCCAGUGGAUUGUGAGCAGAGAAAGCAGCUCCGGAAAUCGUCUGAUCUGAAACAAGCAUUCAUCUUUGGACUAGCUUGUGCACAGUUUGUGUUCCCAGUCUCUGACCGUCCCUUCCUUCUUGCUAACACUUGGAUUAUCAGCUGCUUGGACAGAGGGAAGUUUGGCUGUGGUUGCCUGUGUGGCUCGCCUUGCAUCGAGGUCCACCAGUCUUAUGGUGGUUGGGCGUGAGUGCAUUUGUGUGCACAGAUACAGGAGGGACUUGGGCCACAGCAUGGCUCAGAUAGGAAGGCACCCCUGUGAAUAGAAGAUUGACCUGACCAGGAAAAUGCUGAGGACAUCAAGCCCAGACACCAAAAACUCCAAGGAACAUAUGAGUCCUUACAGCCCCCAGAAGCAACUGUGCAAUGGAGAAUAUCGGAGGUCCUGGGACAAGGAAGAGAAUCAGAGCCAGUCGCUGCCUGGAGGCCAGCUCAGUCUCUUCGACAAGCUCUCACUGUCCCACCAAGUUUGGUUGCAGCUUGGAGUCAAGCCAGAGCAAGUCAAGGAAAUUCUCGGAAAGCAGCCCCCGGGGGCAUUUUUGGUUUGGAGUAAUAAUUGUGGGAAAAAUAAGAUCCUGACAGUCCGUCUGGGACAUGAGACUUGUGAAACGGAGGAUUUUAUUGUCAAAGAGAAUCGCUCAGUUUAUUACCUGGAACAUUCUUAUCUGGGAUUUACCAGCAUCUUCCAGCUGAUUGGCUAUUACUGUGUGAGCCGGGAUGUCCUACCCUCUCGCUUGCAACUACCACUUGCCAUCUUAUGCUCGACCUACAAGGAGGAACUGGAGGAGAUCUCAGCACUUGGCAUCAUGUUCUGGGAUCUGCCAUUGAACCAAAAGCAAGAUGCGUCCUGCCAGGAAACGACAGGGGAUGCCAUGGAGGUGAAUCCGACCACCCCCACCGCAGAGCUCCUGAGGGAGCAGCACCUCCCGAUGUGUUCGAUCCAGGUUACUGGAGAAAACGGGGCACUAUUCUUCAUCAACCCCCUCUUCCUGAAGGAGCACGGUGAUAGCUGGCUGGAGCCAGCACCCACGUGCACCUUCAGACACUCCCGCUUGGCCACCAAGUGCAGGAAGCGCUCUGUGGGACGCACAGGGAAUCCCACUGCCCCUCAAAAGCACCAGGAGAUCCUCGGGCGAAAUGACAGCGAGAAGUCGGAUUCGGGGAAGAGUGUAGAAGAAGAGGAGAUAUUUAAAGCCCAGAGCCCGGAGCCACCGUCGACGGCGCAGAAGAGAAAGACCUUCAUCCGGAGGGCUGCCUGGAGCUGGGGCGACACUCCCGAGGCCGACUCCAUGGAGGUGAAGGAGGAGGCGACGAGCCCCCGGGCCGGGGGGAAAGGAGGGGCGGGGCGGGAGAGCAGCACCCUCCCGCCCUACUACCGAGCCUCCUGGAUGGAGGGCGGAGGGUUGAGGUGCCCCACCUCCCUCCGCAAGUCGCACUCGGAGACCUCGCUGCUGGCCUGCGACAGCCCCAUGCUGCCGCCCAUCUCGGAGAUGGACUCCCUGUCCAUCAGCAGCGUGGAGGACGAGGCGGGGACUUCCACCACACCCCAGAAGCAUCGGCACAAGCGUCAGUCCAACGCCCUGACGGACAAGGUGAGGAACCGGCUGUCGGCUGUCAGCCACGCCUUCACGGGGCUGGUCUCCGCCGACCGCAGGAUCAGGAACAAGAUUGAGGAGCUGGGGCAGAACAAGGGCUGCUACUUCGGCAGCCUGGUCCAAGGCUUUGUCUCCUACACGGUCAAGAGCAGGGACAAGCACACGAGCAGCACCGAGAUGUUGCAGGGCAUCCAACAGAUGAUCACCAACCUCCGCAACUACCUGACGCAGAGCUCCGAGCUCACCCACAUUCUGGACACGUGUGACCACGAGGAGUGUGACACAGAGGUUGCCAUCCAGAAGGCUUUGCAGAAGUGCGUGCUGAAACCACUGCGGGACCACAUCUACUCAUGCCUGCUCGACUUCCACACCAAGGACGGCUCCCUGAAGAAGCUGACGGACAACCAGCUGAUCCUGCAGACCCAGAGUCCGGCACAGCUGGGCGUGACGGCUGGCGUUCCUGAUGCCGUGGGCCUGGAAAAGAUCCAGCAGAAGCUGACUGCCAUGCACCUGGCAUACUCACCCUUCAAGAAAGUGGCACAGCUCCUGAAAGCCUGCAAACUCAUCUAUGAAGCAAUGUCCGGGACAUCAGGGAAGCCUUACGGAGCGGAUGACUUCCUCCCCGUGCUGACCUAUGUCCUGGCGACCAGCAACCUGACCAACCUGUGCCUCGACGUGGAGUACAUGAUGGAGCUGCUGGACCAGAACCAACUGCAGGGUGAAGGGGGAUAUUAUUUAACAACAAUGUUCGGGGCUCUGUUCCACAUCAGCAACUUCCAGCCCAGGUUGCUGACCCGUCAGAUGAGCGAUGAGGCCAAGUCAUCUCUUUACCAGUGGAAGAGGAGGAGGACGUUACAUCACAACCAGUCCAAAAGGCGCUCGGCACAGGAUUUGCUGUCCGUCUACUUACAGGAGCCCAGCGGGAACCAGGUGACCAUCCUGGCUCCUGCGCACAUGACCGUGACGGAGGUGUGCAAGGCGUGUGCCGAGAAGUUCGAGGUGGUGGAGCCAGAGAGUUACAGCCUCUUCGUGGCGAGGGACGACUCGUACCGGCUGCUGGAGGGCGACGCCUGCCCCCAGCUGGUGAAGCAGGAGAUCCAGCAGAGGGAAGGCGCGGCCUUCACUUUCGUGUACGCGCCCACGGACAGGACCCCGUGCUCCCAGCCCGAGGAGCAGCUGACCCCUUUGUGAGAAGUCCCCCGCACCCUUCCUCACCCCCCUCCUCCAAUCCUGGACAGACUGGCAGGCCACCAGGAAUGACCAAUCCAAAGGACUUGCUGGGGCUCCCCAUUGUGAAAGGCCAUGUCCAGUCACCGCAGAAGGAUGAAGGAGCGCGCCUAUUGGAAUGCUGGGAACAGGAGGCCAUUCGGUCCCUCGGACUAUCUCCCACCCAUGUAGCUGACCUGCUUUGGGAUUCUAUUUGCCUACUUUCAAUGACCCACCUCGUUGGGAUGACCAGGUUCCUCCCAGUGUCCAGAUGCCGGUAUCAGAAUCCCCCUCGAUGCUCAAUUCAACCACCCACCAGUUUGGCUCCUGCCCGUUUAACUCACACUGGGAUUCUGUGCCGGGGAUCGAACCUCCAACCUGUACAGACAACCUGUCGGCCUUAACCAGACUCCUCUUAUCGCCACUCCCCAUGGUCCUAGUGCUGAUAGAUGUGCAUUGAAGCAAACCUCUCAUUGGACUUGGUUCCCGCGUUACCUCUCAUCAUCUGGAGAUUUCAGCGGCAUGGAGAACAGGGGCAAGUCACAACCAGCUGUGAUGCCUGUCACAGUCAAAUAGUCUGUGAAUAAGUACAUGCCACCUGGGCAGGUUACUAGCAGACAGGCAGACACACAAACAGGAGACCCAGGGAGAAGCAGUGGGAUGAAAAUUAAUGUGUGACGUACAGUAAAUUCAAACCCUACAUAUAAAUUAUAUUUUGCUUUUACUAUUUGUUACAGCACUGUGUAAAGAUUUUUAAAUAAAUA